AAACGACUCCAUAUCUUUUCUCUUUCUUCCCCUCUCUCUCUCUCUCUCUCUCUAGAUUAUCUUCAGCUUACAACUCCAUCGUUUCGCCUAUUUGUCCAAACAAAUCCCAAAAUUUCACCCAAAAAACCGUAACGCUUUUAUCAUCAAUAUUUCUUAGCAACCAAACAGACAGUCCCUAAUAGAAAAUUUAUUUUUUCUUUAGCUGCUUAAAAUUUUUCAGUGCUCAAUUGAUUCUCGCUAUCGGAGCUCGUAUUACAUAUAAUUUUUAUGUGUUUUUUAGUUAAUGCUUGAAGUUUCUUUUAGUCCAAUGCGAUUGCUUCGUUCCGAUGCUCCGGUGUAGCAAUGGCUUCUGCUUCUUCUUUAUCAGUAUCUGUGGAAUGUGUGAAUAUAUGUAAUUUGCCGAAAGGAGAUAGUAGUGUGCUUUCGUGUGCUUGGAAAACUCCUAGAGUCUUGACAGGGUUUCUUGCCAGCACUGCGCAUGGUGCUCAGUGUUCCUCAUUGUCGUCUGGACGAAAUGGUAGAAGGAAUCAUUUUGUAUCUAAAUGUGAAACCUUUGAUUUAGGAAGGCUUAGCUCCAUUAAAGCUUUUGAACCUGCAUUUGUUGGGAAACUUGUUAGUCCUAGAUUGUUUCUUGUUGCUGGUCAAAGAUGGAAAUUUUGUUGUUCUUCGUCUAGUUCCUCAGAUGCAUGGAGUGAAGUUUCCCCUGAAAGCUUGUGGGAGGAUCUCAAACCUGCUGUAUCAUAUCUUUCACCAUUAGAAUUGGAAUUGGUCCACAAUGCUCUUGAGCUGGCUUUUGAGGCUCAUGAUGGUCAGAAAAGACGCAGUGGAGAGCCCUUCAUCAUUCACCCAGUUGAAGUUGCACGAAUUCUAGGAGAACUUGAACUAGAUUGGGAAUCAGUGGCUGCAGGAUUACUGCAUGAUACUGUUGAGGAUACAAAUGUUGUAACAUUUGAAAGAAUAGAAGAGGAAUUUGGUCCCACUGUACGCCGCAUUGUUGAAGGAGAGACUAAGGUAUCCAAAUUGGGAAAACUAAAAUGUAAGAGUGAAAGGGAUUCCGUGCAAGAUGUAAAAGCUGAUGAUCUGCGGCAGAUGUUUCUUGCCAUGACAGAGGAGGUUCGCGUCAUUAUUGUCAAAUUAGCUGACAGGUUACAUAAUAUGCGUACUCUUUCAUACAUGCCUCCACAUAAGCAGUCCAGCAUUGCUAUGGAAACACUUCAGGUCUUUGCUCCUCUUGCAAAACUGCUAGGAAUGUAUCAAAUUAAGUCUGAGCUAGAAAAUCUAUCAUUCAUGUAUACAAAUCCUGAAGAUUAUGCUAAGAUCAAGAGGAGGGUUGCAGAUCUUUUUAAGGAACACGAGAAAGAGCUUCUCGAGGCGAACAAAAUUUUAGAGAAAAAGAUUGAGGAGGAUCAGUUCCUAGACCUUAUGACUGUGAAGACAGAAGUGCGUUCUGCUUGCAAGGAGCCUUACAGUAUUUACAGAGCUGUGCUUAAAUCAAAAGGCUCUAUCUGCGAGGUUAACCAAAUUGCACAGCUCCGUAUUAUCAUAAAGCCAAAGCCAUGUGCUGGAGUUGGUCCCUUGUGCACGUCACAGCAGAUAUGCUACCAUGUUCUUGGUUUAGUCCACGGGAUCUGGACCCCUAUUCCUAGAGCUAUGAAGGACUAUAUUGCAACGCCAAAGCCCAAUGGCUAUCAAAGUCUCCAUACAACUGUAAUUCCAUUUCUCUAUGAGAGCAUGUUUCGACUGGAGGUUCAGGUUCGAACGGAAGAGAUGAAUCUGAUAGCUGAGAGAGGCAUUGCUGCUCAUUACAGUGGAAGAGUCUUUAUCACAGGUUUAGUUGGACAUGCAAUGCCCACUGGUCGGAGUUCAAGAGGGAAGACAGUGUGUCUUAACAAUGCAAACAUUGCACUUAGGAUUGGCUGGCUUAAUGCAAUUAGGGAAUGGCAAGAAGAAUUUGUUGGCAACAUGAGCUCUAGGGAAUUUGUUGAAACCAUCACAAAAGAUCUGUUAGGUAGCCGUGUCUUCGUAUUCACACCGAGGGGAGAGAUAAAAAAUUUGCCCAAAGGUGCAACAGCAAUCGAUUAUGCUUACAUGAUACACACUGAUAUUGGAAACAGAAUGGUGGCUGCAAAGGUGAAUGGUAAUCUUGUUGCUCCAAUGCAUGUUCUUGCUAAUGCAGAAGUCGUGGAGAUAAUCACCUAUAAUGCACUCUCCAGCAAAUCAGCUUUUCAGAGGCACAAGCAAUGGUUACAACAUGCAAAAACACGUAGUGCCAGACACAAAAUCAUGAAAUUCUUAAAGGAGCAAGCUGCAUUAUCUGCUUCUGAAAUAACAGCAGAUACAGUAGAUAACUUUGUAGCUGAUUCGGAAGAGGAGAGUGAGGUAGAAGAGCUCUUAGAUAAUACUAAACCGAACAGGCCUUUGUGGGAGAAAAUCUUUAGGAAUGUUGUGGAAAUGACAUCUCCGGGGAAAUAUGCUGAAGAUCCCUUGCCUUCUAAAAAUGGUAGCAUUUGGGUCCCAAAGGUCAACGGGAAACAUAACAAACAUAUCCAGCAUGUACGUUUGGAGGCGAAGGAAUUAUUAUCACAAGGAAAUGGUGUUGCCAAGAUAAUACAAUCAAAUAUUCCAAUGUACAAGGAAGUUUUGCCUGGCUUAGAAUGUUGGCAUGCCAACAGGGUUGCAUCUUGGCACAAUGUUGAAGGUCAUUCAAUCCAGUGGUUUUCUGUGGUAUGCAUAGAUCGAAGAGGCAUGAUGGCUGAAGUUACAACAGCAUUGGCAGCUGAAGGAAUCGCUAUAUGUUCUUGUGUGGCCGAGAUUGAUAGAGGAAGAGGAAUAGCUGUCAUGUUAUUCCACAUUGAAGGGAGCCUUGAAAAUCUGAUUAAGGCCUGCUCAAGCAUCGAUCUGAUUUUGGGUGUUUUGGGAUGGUCUACGGGUUGCAGCUGGCCAAGCUCAAUGGAAUAUCUUGAAUGCUAGAUGAUCAAUUGAGCUUGGGAUCACCGAAUAGUUCACCCAUGUGUUUCAAGUUUGGGUAAGAAGUUUUGUCCCCGGAAAGCUGAGAUUCUGGAUCUGUUAUAUUUUGGAUAAUUAGUUGAAUUGCUGUCAUAUAUUUGUUGGACAACCAUAACAAAUAAACCAGUAGCAGAAAAACAAACCUAGUCUGUCUCUGGAAAUUCAGGGCAUUGUAUAUAGAGAAAAGAGUGAUAGUAGUUAGAAUAUACACAUGUAAAGAAGAGGAUACCAAAAAAUCUCUUAUAGUAAGUUUAUAAAAAUUCUUGCCAUA